AUGAAGCUCAACCCGAGCAAGUGCGCCUUUGGGGUCUCGUCAGGAAAGUUCCUCAUGUUCAUGGUCCACGAACGCGGAAUUGAGGCAAAUCCAGACAAGAUAAAAGCAGUCCUCGAGAUGGAGGCACGGAGGAAUAUUAAGCAACUACAGAGGUUAAACGGUCAAUUGGCAGCCUUGAAUCGCUUCGUAUCUCGCUCUACUGACAAGUGCCACCCUUUCUUCCAAACACUAAGGAAAAAGGAUCGGUUCGAAUGGACGGACGAUUGUGAAGUCGCAGUUCGGCAAUUGAAGCAGUACCUCAGCUCGGCUCCCUUGUUCUCAAAGCCGCUGCCUGGUGAUGUACUUUACCUGUACCUAGCAGUGUCGGAAAAUGCAGUGAGCUCAGUACUUAUCAGGGAGGCGAAAGGACGGCAGAGCCCUGUUUACUACACAAGCAAAUCAUUGACCGAGGCCGAGGCUCGUUACCCCUGUGUUGAGAAGCUGGCUCUAGCCUUGAUAACCUCGGCGCGGCGCCUACGACCAUACUUCCAGGCAGCCGCAGACUUUGUUGCCGAGCUGACCCCACCCAGGCAAGGGGGCGAUGUCCGUGACCAGUGGACACUCUAUGUGGAUGGUUCGUCCAAUGAGAAAGGUUGUGGGGCAGGUAUGCUGCUCCUCGGCCCCGACGGUCUUCGAUUUGGGUACGCACUCCGGUUUGGUUUCCGAGCUUCCAACAACGAAGCCGAGUACGAGGCAUUGAUAAAUGGACUAAAGGUCGCCAGAGGGAUGGGCGUGAGGCGACUUUUGAUUCUCAGCGACUCCCAACUGAUUGUCAAUCCGGUUACCGAGGAGUACCAAGUAAAGGAAGCUCGUAUGGAUAGGUAUCUGGCCAAAGCCCGAGGGCUCCUCGCCCAGUUUGAAGACUAUGUGAUUCAACAGGUGCCGAGGUCCAAAAACUCCAACGCCGACGCACUGGCUCGCCUGGCCUCGGCAUACGAGACUGAUCUACCAAGAACGGUUCCAGUUGAAAUACUUGCUGAGUCGUCCAUCGACCAGCCUGAGAUAAUAGAGAUCACGUCAGCUCAGCCUACAUGGAUAGACCCAAUUAAGGACUUCCUGGUCAAUGGCUCAGUCCUCGCCGAUCCGAGUCAGUGCCUCGACCCAGAAGAGGCGAGGUAUGUCAUGCGCGAGAUUCAUGAAGGGGUUUGUGGAAACCAUGGAAGAGCUCGGUCCACGGCCUCGAAAGUCGUCCGCCAGGGCUACUACUGGCCGACGAUUGAGCGCGACACCAAGGAGUUCGCCAAAACAUGCGUUAAAUGUCAACGCUUCGCAAGCAUUUCGAGGCAACCCCCGGAGAUGCUGACGCCGAUCUCAAGCCCUUGGCCUUUCGCUCAGUAG